AUGGCUGAGAGGACAACAACAACAAGGAACGCCGGUGGUGGUGGUGGAGAGGAAGAUGCGCUGGCAUACCUGCAGCGGCAUUGUGUGCAGGAACGGCUGUCUGCGGCGCUGUUGGCAGCUGCAAGUGAGACCAUCUCGUUCGGAACGCCGCCCAUGACUGCCGUUGCAAACGCCCUCAACAGCAACAAACCACAGGAUCUGUUCACGUACCGCACCCUGGCCACGAACGCAAAGAGCAGAGUGAGGUUCUUGCAGCUCUUCAAUGCCAUGUGCAGAGACUUGCAUCCAACCAACCCUGCACUAACUGGCACGGAGUAUCUUCAGCUCCUUCGCCUCAUCUGCCCUGACUUUCCUUCCUCUGUCAUCGAGGACGUCUUGAACAUCCUCCUCGUCGAAUGCUCCUGGGAGUGUUUCCUAGAUGCCAGCGACUUUCCAAACGUGUUCAAACUGGUGUUCCAUUAUGACGAGUACACGUCAUGGCUCCAAACGACAAUGGAGGCGUGGCGCACGUUGCGUGACCACAGUGGCACCGACCUCUCAUUCAUGGCGUACGCACUGCUCCGCUACAUGCCUGCAAGCACGUCAACCCCUGUUGUAUCACGGUCCGCCUUUCGUCGUGCGCUGGAACAAUCAUCCGGUGAUGUAGACUCUUUCUCCGACGCCGCGCUACUGAUCUGCAGACACGGCAGCGUCUAA